UACUUUCUCUUCCUGCUUUCGCGCUCGCUCUCUUUCUUUUCUUUCUCUCUGUGUCGCGCGUGUGGGUUCUUCUUCUCCUCCUUGACCUGUUCGACUCUCUUUUGCCUCAUUGGAGAAAAAAUUUCUACUUUUAUCUUUGCUCUCUUUCCGCCGCCUGGAGUCUUCUCCAUCUCCCUUUCCCUGCUUGGUUAGUUGGUUUUGCCCAUUUCAUCUUCUUCCAGCCGAAAAACUCCAUCUUGCAUGUACUCUUGCCAUAUAUAAUGGGCAAGUACAUGAGGAAAGCGAAGCUGGCCGGAGAAGUAGCUGUUAUGGAGGUCUCCGCCCAGUCGUCUAUAGGGGUGCGUACCAGGGCAAGAACCCUCGCGCUUCAGCGCCACCAGAAACAGUCGUCCUCGUCCUCGUCCUCGUCCUCGUCUUCCGUCGAUAAUUCGUCAUCGUCUUCGUCUUCCUCCUGCUACCUUCAGCUCCGCAGCCACCGCUUGGAGAAGCCCGCCAUCAACCUGAAUCCGAGGGAAGCCUCGGAGUCGAAUAUUUGUGCUGACGUGGAGGCUUUGCCGGAAGCCGACGGCGGUGUUGAGACAUCGUUUGGGGAAAAUGUCUUGGAUUUCGAUUGUAGGGAUAGGAAUGCAAGGGAAACUACUCCUUGCAGUUUGAUAAGAACUUCUGAAACUGUAAGGACUCCUGGUUCCAGCACCAGGCUAACUCCCGCAAAUGCCUUUAAUCGCAGUGUACAGAAUGUCAUGGAUCAGAACAUUCCCAGCGCCCAUGAGAUUGAAGAGUUUUUUGCAGGGACUGAGCGUCUUCAACAGAUAAAAUUCAUGGAGAAGUAUAAUUUUGAUCCUCUGAAUGAUUUUCCUCUUCCUGGUCGAUAUGAAUGGGUCAAGCUCGACGCCUAGAACUCAAAAGAUCCAUCCUUUCAUCAAAGCAAAAUCUCUUUUGAUCUUUAUGUCCUGGUUCUUCCAUAGAAGCCUGACUUCACAAUGGUGAUUAAGAAGAUGAAGAUCCUUAUUACUAUAUUGUAAAGAAUCAAUGGAUUUCCCUGUGAUAAAAAUGCAAGUCCAACAGUGUAUAUAGUAUGCAGACCAUGUUUCUCUGUCUUUAACACUUAGAUUUAGGAUCUCCUAACCAAUUUUCUUGUAUUUGACAUGGUUCUGUAACUUGUUGACUGUUGGUAUUUGAAUGUUCUUUGGGAAAUAAAACUUUGAUCGUUAAUAAUAUCUGCCAGUUUAUUAUA